AUGGAGACUGUUCUUGCAAUAAGUAACCUAUUCUUGGGUCUUUUCGUCAUCUUAGGCUUCACGGCUUCAAGCGGUGCUUCUGUAGAGAUCUGGGGAGCAAUCUUCCUGGUCGUAUUUGCUCUUUUUCUCAUCAGUAAAAAGCUGAAAACCAAGAGAAUCAUCAUUGGAAUGGCAGUGAAGGCUUCGUUGAUUGGUAUCACGCUACUGAUUUCUUACUCAAAGAGCCUUAGAAGCAAUCAAGGAUUACUCCACAAUUGCAAGUUGAUUCCCACGAUAGUCUAUGGAUUGAAAUUAUGUAACAGAGUUGCCUUGGAUUUCUGUAUGGCAAUUUGUGGCCUUUUAAUCAUCACUGUCAACAGUUUACUGGCCGCCAAUUCCUUUAUCGCCUCAAAAAGAAGCCCAAACGCUAUAGCUUAAAUUCAACGUGACCUUCCCAGUGGAUGGAUGCAGGGAAUUGCAGCCUAGGUCUACCUGAACAAACAAACAAAAAAAAUUAAGUUAUUUAUCAUGAAAUAAGUUGGAGUUGUUUGUAAUCCGGUGCUUGCGGAUAUCUUUAUUACAGAACUUUUGAUUUCCUUGCCAAA